AUGGCCUAUAGGGUCCUGGGCCGCGCGGGGCCAGCUCAGCCGCGGAGGGCGCGCAGGCUGCUCUUCGCCUUCACGCUCUCGCUCUCCUGCACUUACCUGUGCUACAGCCUCCUGUGCUGCUGCGACGACCUGGGCCAGAGCCGCCUCCUCGGCGCGCCUCGGUGUCUCCGCGGCCCCGGCGCGGGCGGCCAGAAACUUCUCCCGAAGUCCCGCCCCUGCGAUCCCCCGGGGCCCACGCCCAGCGCGCCGGGCGCUCCCAGCGCGCCCGCCGCCGCCGCCGCGCCCGCCCCUCGCCUCCCGGCUGCCAACCACUCGGGCUCGGCAAGGAUGGGCACCAAGCGGCUGCCCCAAGCCCUCAUCGUGGGCGUGAAGAAGGGGGGCACGCGGGCCGUGCUGGAGUUCAUCCGCGUGCACCCGGACGUGAGGGCCUUGGGCACCGAGCCCCACUUCUUCGACAGGAACUACGGUCGCGGGCUGGACUGGUACAGGCAUCUGAAGGACCCUGAGCAGAGAAGGUCCGAAUAG